AUGUUGCCUCUUCUCUCUGUUUUCGGGGUCUUCCUUUUCCUCGGCACGUUGCUGUUUCUGGUUUCGGUGUUCCUGGAAUCCUCCAAGGCGGAAUAUCCUCCAGGAAUGACAUGUCCGGCAGAACUCCGAAGUCUCCACAGAAUCCUCAGUGCUGUCUCAGUCCUGGGCCGCACUCUGGAAAGGUUCGGUAUUUGCACAGAGAUCAGACUCUCCCACAUUUUGGCAAAAUUGAGUCCCAUAAAAUCAGAAGACGAUCCCGAGCUCUUCACUAGGAAUGUAAAAUUUGAAGGUGUGCCUGUGAGGGUCUACCAGCCCAGAGAGCCCUCUGCCGGAGGCCGGAAAGGAGUCCUGUUCUUCCAUGGAGGAGGCUUCGUCUUCGGAGAUUUUGAUCACUAUGACAAGAUUUGCCGACACAUCUCGAAGACGGCCGGAGUUGUGCUGGUGUCAGUCGGGUACCGCCUGGCCCCGGAACACACGUACCCCGCAGCGUUCCAUGAUUGCCUGGCUGCCACCAUCCACUUUCUGAGGACAGCAAAGCAGUAUGGUGUAGACCCGUCUUCCAUUGUCCUUUGUGGGGACAGCGCUGGAGGUAACCUUGCUGCCGGCGUUUCUCAAGUUCUGGUCACCAGGACAGAUGUUCCAAGACCUCAGGCUCAGGCUCUGAUAUACCCAUCUCUGCAGAUGAUCGACUUCGACUCACCUUCAUACCAGCAAAACAGCAUGGUGCCCCUAUUACUCCGAGAACGCACUCAGUUCUUCAAGCUGACCUACCUUGGUGUGGAUCUGUCCUUGUCAGACCUGCUCAGCGGUGUCCAUGUUCCUCCUGAACUGAGAAGAAAAUUCUCCAAGUGGUUGGGAACUCAGAACAUUCCUGAAGAGUUUAUGGUCAGAGGCUACAACCCCCAUCUGAUUUCUGGCUUUAACCCGGAGAUCUACCAAAGAUUCCAACAUGCCUUCCACCCCGCUUCUUCCCCGUUGUUGGCGGAGGACGCCGUCAUUCGUCUGCUACCAAAGACUUACAUGUUAACGUGUGAGUUCGAUGUUCUCCGUGAUGACGGAAUACUCUACAAGAAACGCCUGGAAGACAACGGAAUAGCGGUCACCUGGCAUCACGUUAAAGAUGGCUUCCAUGGAAUUGUCAGUUUCUUCAAUCAUCCGGCCUUUGAUUCGGGGAAACAAGCCAUGGACAACUUUGUGAACUUCAUAAAAGAUGCCUGA